CCCCCCCUCCCCACAAUCCUCUCCACCCACGACUUCGAACUCAUCGCCUCCCAAACCCUCACCCCCAAAACAUGGGCCUUCUACUCCUCCGCCGCAACAGACAUGCUCACCCAUCAAUCCAACAUAAUCAUCUACGAUCGGAUUCUCCUCCGACCCCGAAUCCUCCGCAACGUGACGAGUGUAUCCACCCGUACUACCAUCCUAGGCUGUGCCAUGAACCUCCCGUUAUUCGUUAGUCCAGCGGCCAUGGCCACGCUAGUACAUCCGGACGGCGAGCUAGCGAUAGCGAGGGGAUGUGCGAGGUUUGGGGUGGGACAGUGUAUCUCGACGAAUGCAUCCUACCCACUAGAUAAGAUAACAUCAUCCGUACAGGAAGGAACGAAUCCAUUUUUCUUACAAUUGUACAUGCAUAAGUCGAGAGAUAUAACGCUCUCUCUCCUCCAUCUCGCCCACACGUCCAAUAUAUCCGGCAUAUUCCUGACCAUCGACGCUCCCGUACCCGGGAAACGCGAGGCCGAUGAACGCGUCCCUCUUUCCCCAAGCGAUAUCCAAUUCUCCACGCGGUUACCCAUGAGCGGCGCCCAAAUCAGCAGUGACGCUAAGGGAUCCGGGCUCGGACGAUCCAUGGGCGAGUAUAUCGAUGCGAGUCUCACGUGGGAGGAUUUGCGCUGGUUGAGGGAUAAUACCCACCUGCCGAUUGUGUUGAAGGGGGUGCAGACGGCCGAGGAUGCGUUGUUGGCGGUGCGGGCUGGGGUGGAUGGGAUUGUGGUUAGUAAUCAUGGGGGGAGGGGGUUGGAUACAGUGAGCUCAUCAAUCGCGGUACUUAUGGAAAUACGCCAGUGUUGUCCAGAGGUAUUCGAGCAGUUGGAGGUAUUUGUAGAUGGGGGCAUUCGAAGAGGGACGGAUAUCAUUAAGGCGAUUUGUCUGGGAGCGAAGGCAGUGGGUAUGGGAAGGGCUUUUUUGUAUAGUUUGUGUUAUGGGCAGGAGGGGGUGGAGAGGUUGAUUGAGAUUAUGAAGGAUGAGUUGGAGACGACUAUGAAGUUGUUAGGGAUUACGGAUCUGUCGCAGGCUCAUCCGGGGUUGUUGAAUACAUUGGAUGUGGAGCAUUUGGUCCCGAAAAGGUUGGGGGGGUCGUUUAGUGGGCUGGUUGGGAAGGCGAGGUUGUGA